UGGCCUAAGAAAAUCACAAACACCUUCUACAAAACCCAGCAAUUGUUUCCUUGUAUCGUGGAGAUUAUACAUCGAAAACAUAUACUCGAAAUUAGAAUGAUGUCCAUGAAGUUGAUUGGAAGCCUCAGCUGCUGCAUAUGGCUAGUCAUGGCCAUAGCCACCGUAGCUCAAACAUCCGAUGACUCGAAUGCUCCGGUGCUUGACACUUCCGGUCAGGCUCUUCAAGCCGGUGUAGAUUACUACAUCAAACCCGCCAUUACUGACAGUGGCGGUCGUUUCACUUUGAUCGACAGAAAUGACUCAUGUCCAUUGUAUGUCGGUCAAGAAAACGUCUCAGGCCCAAAGGGCCUCCCUGUGACGUUUGCUCCUUUUGCAGAGGGAGAAACUGUGGUGAGGGAGACAAGGGACCAAAAGAUCACAUUCUCAGCAUCCACAAUCUGUGUGCAGUCAACUGCAUGGAAGUUGGGUGAGAUUGAUCAAGUCACCCAAAGGAGAUUGAUUGUCGCCGGAGUAGAUCAAAACCAAGGCAUCGCUGGUCCGGCUCGAAACUACUUUAGGAUUAACAAGCAGGCAGCUCUAGAUGGUGUCUACAAUCUGCAAUGGUGCCCAACUGAACUGUGCCCUACUUGCAGGUUUUUAUGUGGGUCUGUUGGAGCUCUUGUGGAGAAUGGGAAGAGGUUGCUUGCCUUGGAUGGUUCUGUGCUUCCUGUUGUGUUUGAGAGGGCUUAAGUAAAUAUGUGAUCCAUAUUUAUUAUGUAAUAAUGGGAUGGGAAUAAUCAUGUCAUAUAGCUGACUGUAUAUGAUCCUCAUCAUCGGUCUCUUAAUUAUAAAUAAACUCUUGCAACUAAUGUCAUGUGGAACUUAUAAACUCAUCUCUUAUAGCUUAAUUAGUUCCACCAUUAUUGUAAUAAUUAAUCAUCCUUAUAUAGUUACUGUUGUAAUCA